AACGCCAUUUAUGUAAAAUUGUAUCUAUAUGUACACAUAAUAAAAUAAUUUUAUCAAAAAGCUGGUUAAUAAGAUUGCAAAAAUCAGAACUUUUGAAAGUGCUGCAGGAAUUCAAGAACGGCGCAGUCUUAAACUUACUAAGUACUCAGAUGGGCUGAUGACUUAAAUUGGGUCUUAAAGGGGGCGCCUGGGUGGCUCAGUUGGUUAAGCGACUGCCUUCGGCUCAGGUCAUGAUCCUGGAGUCCCUGGAUCGAGUCCCGCAUCGGGCUCCCUGCUCGGCAGGGAGUCUGCUUCUCCCUCUGACCCUCCUCCUUCUCAUGCUCUCUGUCUCUCAUUCUCUCUGUCUCAAAUAAAUAAAUAAAAUCUAAAAAAAAAAAAAAAUUGGGUCUUAAAGGAUGGAUAUCAGAUGGAAAAUUUAAAUGAAGGUGAAAAAGAGAGAGCACAUUAUAUGCCAGCUCAAAGAAGAAAGUUUAAGACCUUCUCUGAGAAAAAGUAUGUAAGCCUGGAGUAAAGAAUCAAUGGAUAAUAGUGGGGAGAUAUAUUUAGAAAGUAGAAUGAGAACAAGCGUUUACUAAGCAUCAAUUACAUCCCAGGCACCUGGCCAAGGGCUACGAUGAGUCCAAAAUGAAAAGGUUCCUGUAGAAGAAUUUACAGCUUAGAACAGUAGAUUUAACGGAACAGUGUAACAUAACCUCUGCCACGGUAGUCACACCUUUCUUUUUUAGUUUAUGUGGUCUCUUCCUCUGUCUAUAUAGUUAUUUAACAUAGCAGAAACUGUGGGCACUACAAUGGCUGCUGCAAAGUUCACUUCUGAUUCUCCGUCCUACUAUUGACGCCUGUCUUUAUCAAGUAUCUGCUAGUGCGUGUGUGCAAGGCGUCCUGCUUGGUGCUGUGAGGUAGAAGGGAGUUAGGGAAGACCUGAAGUCCCAGCCCCGCAGGGCCUCUCCAUCUAACCGGAGGGAAGGUAAAUGGCUCGAAUACAAGCCUGGCUUUGAUAAGCGUCCACGGGGGAGGGGCUAAAUUAGGAGGCCAGAAGAGAUCUGGGAGGGUGGUGGCGUUCUGCCAGCACCCGGCCCGGAGGGUCCGCAAGCCCAGGUAGGUUCAGGUGUUCCGCACGCAGCCGGCGCGCGGAAGCCGGAGCGCUCGAGCCGGGACUGGGGUCGCGGCGCGCGCGACCUCGGGCAGGCCCCGCCCCCCGGCGGCGGCUUUGUGCGCUGAUUGGCCCGCGCGAGCGUCGCUCCCGGUUGGCGGGAGGUCUCUUGAGCGGGUAGUGCCGCUGUGGAGCGAGUGGUGAGCAACCGUCUGAGGCCUCGGAGCGUCCGGGGGCGGCUGUCCGGCGGCCCGGCGCCCGCUCCCUAGACCCAGGUUUUCGCAGGAAUCUUGGGAAACCAAAAUGAGACAUAAUCAGCUGUGUUGUGAGACACCACCUACUGUCACUGUUCAUGUAAAAUCAGGGUCAAAUAGAUCACAUCAGCCUAAAAAACCCAUUAAUCUGAAGCGUCCUAUUUUUAAAGAUAAUUGGCCAGCAUCUGAAAAAAAUGCACAUAAUAGCAACAAGUCUAAACGCCCCAAAGGACCCUGUCUAGUUAUACAGCGUCAGGAAAUGACUGCUUUCUUUAAAUUAUUUGAUGACGAUUUAAUUCAAGAUUUCUUGUGGAUGGACUGCUGCUGUAAAAUUGCAGACAAGGUAAAUUUGUAUCUUUUGGCUAUGACCUUUGUUUAUUUCAAGAGAGCUAAAUUUACUAUAAAUGAGCAUACCAGGAUAAAUUUCUUUAUUGCUCUGUAUCUGGCUAAUACAGUUGAAGAAGAUGAAGAAGAAUCCAAAUAUGAAAUUUUUCCAUGGGCUUUAGGGAAAAACUGGAGAAAAUUGUUCCCUAAUUUCUUAAAGUUAAGGGACCAACUCUGGGAUAGAAUUGACUAUAGGGCUAUUGUAAGCAGGCGAUGCUGUGAGGAGGUUAUGGCUAUUGCUCCAACCCAUUAUAUAUGGCAACGGGAACGCUCUGUGCAUCACAGUGGAGCUGUUAGAAACUACAACAGAGAUGAAGUUCAACUGCCCAAGGGACCUAGUGCCACACCAGUAGAUUGUUCACUCUGUGGUAAAAAAGGAAGAUAUGUUAGACUGGGAUUGUCUUCAUCAUCUUCAUCCAGUGAUACAGUAGAGGUGAUGGAGAAACAUUCUCAGGAAUCACACAACUCCUUCUCAAUGGACAUGGUAGUCGAUCCUUCUCAAGCUUAUAGCUAUCCUCAAGCCAAUGACCAUCAAUCAAAGAAAGAAAAGAAAACUAAUUUUAUGAAGAAAGACAAAUCUAUGGAGUGGUUUACAGGAAGUGAAGAAUGAGAUGGCUCAACUAAACCAACUUGGAAUCAUUAACUACAAAAUGUCAAAUUAACUACAAGACAAGUGUCAAAUGGGACAUUUAAACAGUUUUGAAAUGUUACACAUUUUCCUUUAGCUUUUGUUAUUUUUCAAAAUUGUAUGUAAAAGUUAUACGAUUCAUAGUAAUAGCUAACAAUUCCAACCUAUGAAAGUAGUGAUUCACAAUAUAAAGUUCUAUUUUGGUACUUUUCCAUCUUCUAAUCAGUUGCUGUCAUCUGAGGUACUCAGUUAUGUGGUGGUUUAAACUUCCUCAGCUUGACAAGAAAAGCUAAUUUAAGGAGACAAAAAAGUAAGGUCAUUACAAAAUUAUAAGCAAACAACAUUUAAUAUGGCCUGAAAACAUCACUCACCUGUAUGACCAGUUUGCCAGUGUACAGGUCUAGCAAUAUAGGGAAAUGAUCCAUAUGGAAAAUCAGAAUGUGACUCUU